AGCAGGCAAGUCGUAGCCCUCCGGUACGGAGGACUCCAUUUCCCAGAAGGCCUGUUUCCAGACGUCUCCCUAGUCUUGCCUCCUCCUCCAGGUGGCAGGCUCAAGGCACGCGGGGAAUUGCCUUUGGUUCCUCUUAGUUCCUGGACCGUCCACGGUUUUUUUUCCUCGUACCUUUGCUUUGCUCGGUGCACAGAGAGGAAGUCUCCCCCCUCGGGGCUGCCAACCCCUGAAGCACCCCAGGGUGGCCCCGCAGAGAGCCCACAGCCAGAGGGAAUGGCCCCCCGGACCCCGAGGCCCCCCUCUCAGGGGUUUAUAACCUUCAAAGAUGUGACUGUGGACUUCACGCAGGAAGAGUGGUGCCUGUUGGACUAUUCUCAGAAAGACCUGUACAGGGAGGUUAUGCUGGAGAAUGUGAAGAAUCUAUUCUCUGUGGGGCUUUCAGUUUUGAGAGAAGAUUUUGUCUCCAGUUUUCAGAAAGGGGAAGGAACUUGGCUGCUAGAACAAAAAGGCUCAAAGAGCUCCUGUCCAGGGACACAGACUAAUUUUGAAGUUAAGGAGGUGUCUACAAAGUUGAGCCUUUUUGUGGAAGGACACGGCCUCCAAAGAUGCACAAAUGAGGGUCUCUCUGACUUCAUUUUGAGAAAAGUCUGUUACUCUAAUAUCAAGGGAAAUGAAAAUUCAAAGAGUGACUCUGAAAUUGAUGGAACAGCAGCAAAAUUCAGCCAAUAUUCAGUUCUAAGUCAGUAUACAAAAUUGACCUCAGAAAAUGACUGUUCUCAGGAUAGUUUAUACAGCAAAUGCUUUCCUACAGAACUAGACCCUAUUCAGUUGGCUGAGAAACCUCUUGAAAUGCCCUUGUAUCAAGGUCACUUAGAGGAAAUGGCCUUUGGCUCUAGUUUAGACCUUAAUAGAUAUCCAAAAACUAAACAUGCAGAGAUGGUUUCUGUGAGUAACAAAGAUGGGAGAUCAUUCAGUCAGAACUCUGAAUGUGGUUCACAUCAAAUAAUCCACUCUGAAGAGAAACCUUAUAAAUGUAAACACUGUGGAAAGUCUUUUACACGUAGGGACAGCCUUGCCAGUCAUCAAAAAGUCCACACUGGAGAGAAACCUUAUAAAUGUAAACACUGUGGAAAGGCUUUCACCCAGAAGAGCAAUCUUUCUGUACAUGAAAGAAUCCACUCUGAAGAGAAACCUUAUGAAUGUAAACACUGUGGAAAGGCUUUCAAACAAAGGAGUGUUCUCGUUUCACAUCAGACAAUCCACACUGGGGAGAAACCUUAUGAAUGUAAACACUGUGGAAAGGCUUUUACACGGAGUGACAGUCUUGCUGCACAUCAGAGAAUCCACACUGGAGAGAAACCUUAUGAAUGUAAACAGUGUGGAAAGGCUUUUACACAGAGGGGCCAUCUUGCCAUACAUCAGAGAAUCCACACUGGAGAGAAGGCUUAUGAAUGUAAACACUGUGAAAAGGCUUUUACACUGAGGGGCCAUCUUGUUAGACAUCAGAGAACCCACACAGGAGAGAAACCUCAUGAAUGUAAACAAUGUGGAAAGACUUUUGCAGAUAGGGCCUCUCUUAGUGCACAUCAGAGAAUCCACACUGGAGAGAAACUUUAUGAAUGCAAACAAUGUGGAAAGGAUUUCAUUCGGAGGGGCCGUUUUGCUGCACAUCAGAGAAUCCAUAUUGGAGAGAAACCUUAUGAAUGUAAGCAAUGUGGAAAGGCAUUUACACUGAAGGAACAUCUUGCUACACAUCAAAGAAUCCACACUGUAGAGAAACCUUAUGAAUGUCAACAAUGUGGAAAGACUUUCACACUGAGGGGCUAUCUUGUUAGACAUCAGAGAAUCCACAGUGAGGAGAAACCUUAUGAAUGUAAGCACUGUGGAAAGGCUUUCAAACAGAGUAGUGUUCUUGUUGGACAUCAGAGAAUUCACACUGGAGAGAAACCUUAUGAAUGCAAACAAUGUGGAAAGGCUUUUAUAUGGAAGAUGGAUCUUGUUCUACAUCAGAGUAUCCACACUGGAGAGAAACCUUAUGAAUGUAAACAGUGUGGAAAGGCUUUUACACGGAGGGACAAGCUUGCUGCACAUCAGAGAAUCCACACUGGAGAGAAACCUUUUGAAUGUAAACAAUGUGGUAAGGCUUUUACAGUGAGAGGUACUCUUGUUUCCCAUCAGAGAAUCCAUACUGGAGAGAAACCUUAUGAAUGCAAACAAUGUGGAAAGACUUUCACAUGGAAGAUGUCUCUUAUUCCACAUCAGAGAAUCCACACUGGAGAGAAACAUUAUGAAUGCAAACAAUGUGGAAAGUCUUUCACACACAGGCAUUCUCUUACUGCACAUCAUAGCAUCCACUCUGCAUUGAAACCUCAUAAAUGUAAAUAGUGUGGAAUGGCUUUCACUGAGUAUUUGUCUGGUUAAAUAUCAGAGCAUUGUUAAAAGGAAGAGAGGGUUUUAGCAAGAGUUUGGCCUACCAGGGGAGAGUUGCAGGAGGAAAAAGAUUCUAGAAUAUGAAAGUAGAGAUUAGACGGUUAACUAGUGCUUUAGCUGUCUCUUCUCUAGAUCUAUUUAGGGAGACUGUCUGUCCUGUGGUUGCUGAUCUACCCUGAUACCUCAUCCUACCUGCUGCCUUGCUGUUGUCUGCUGUGUUUCCUUGUGAUUCUGGAACAUCUGGCUAUCUGACUGUAAGGCCAGGUCUGGAUUCCUUUUGGAUCCAUGGCCUUUCCUUGGGCCCUGCCAAACUGUCAUAGACCAGUACCUCUAAUACUACCUAAAGGGGUGGGGAUGUUAGUGAAGAUUUAGGUAGACCAGUAUUGGGUUUUCUUUAGGUCAGAGCGAUGAUGGUUAGUGUAGAUCAAACUGAAGACUCCGUGUGGAGGGAUAGUUAGGUUUGGGAAGUUUCGUUUAGUUGACAUUAGUAUUAAUGUUAUUCUUAUUCCUAUCUAUCCCUUCUUCUUAGAAUAAACACAACUUUCCUGUUGCUAUGUUGUCUAUUGGUUUCAGACCAGGCUUUGCCUGAACUGGGUUUCUAUUGGUUUUCCUAAACCACAGUUAACAUCCUGAUACUGGUCCAGUUCUAUGCCUCAGAUGCUAUCCCCAAUUCCACACUGAUGCAGUUUUGGGGAGCCAGGUAGGAGAAGAAGAGUUGGUGAAAAGCUGAGAUUUCAUCAGUCACAUUGAGUCUGAAGGCAAAAAGUUCAGUAAGGCGUGCAUGAUUCCUGUGGAAGAAGAGAAUCCAGAGACAACAGGAAGUUAUGCAGGACUGAAGUAUUUGUGGCAGAGAAGGAGAUAGAAACAUUAAAGAAGAAUUUUCAGUGAAAAGGAUCAAGUGAUUUUUCCAGAAGUGUUUGUAUGCAUUUUUUCUGUGUAAUGUAACCUUGCAUAUUUUCAUAUGAGAAUGCAUUCAAAAUAUCAACUUCUAUUCUUAUUUAUUAGUUCAAUAGUUCGAUUACUUUCAAUUUUAUUAAUUUCUCCCUUAAUUUUUAGGAUCUCUAAUUUGGUUUUCUUCUGGGGAUUUUUAAUUCGUUUGCUUUCAAGUUUUUUAUUUGAAUGUCCAAUUCAUUGGUCUCUGUCCUCCCUAAUUUGUUAGUAUACGAACUCAAGGGCAUAAAUUUCCCUCUGAGUACUUUUUGGCUGCAUCCCAUAGAGUUUGAAAGGAUGUUUCAUCAUUGUAAUUUUCUUCAAUGAAGUUAUUGUUUCUAUGAUUUGUUCUCUGACUAGGCAAUUUUGGAGCAUCAUUUAAUUUCCAAUUAGUUUUUGAUUUAGCUCUCCAUGUACCCUUACUGACCAUUAUUUUAUUGUCUUAUGAUCUGGAAAGGUUUCAUUUAUUAUUUCUGCUUUUCUGCAGUUAUAUGCCAUGUUUUUAUGACCUAGCAUAUGGUCAAUCUUUGUGAAUGUGCUAUGUGCUGCUGAAAAGAAGGUGUAUUCCUUUUUGUCCCUAUUCAUUUUUCUCCAUAUAUCUACUAACUAAUUUUUCUAAGGUUUCAUUCACCUCUUUUACCUCUUUCUAAUUCAUUUUUUGAUUUAAUUUAUCUAAAUUUGAUAGUGGUAGGUUCAGGUCUCCCAGUAGUAUAGUUUUACUAUUUAUUUCCUACUUCAAUUCUACUAGUUUCUCCAUUAGAAAUUUGGGUGCUAUACCAUUUGUUGCAUACAUGUUGAUUAAUGAUAUUUCCUCAUUAUCUAUACUCAUUUUAUCAGGAUGUAUUUACCUUUCCUAUUCCUUUUAAUUAGGUCUAUUUUUAGUUUUUCAGACAUCAUUAUUGCAACUCCUGCCUUCUUUCUGUUAGUUGAGGCCCAAUAGGUUUUGCUCCACCCUUUAAUUCUGACUUUGUGAGUAUCUACUCAUCUCAUGUAUGUUUCUUGUAGACAAUAUAUGGUAGGAUUCUGGAUUCUAAUCCACUCUCCUAUUUGUCUACGUUGUAUGGGUGAAUUCAUUCCAUUCACAUUCAAAGUUAUGAUUGUCACUUUUGAAUUCUAUAGCAUUUUGAUAUCCUCUCCUAGUUCUGACCUUUCUUCUUAUGCAAUAUCCUUUUAAUCCAGUGGUUUACUUUUAGUCAAUUACCCUAUUCCCCUCCCUUUAUAUGCUUCUCUUUCUGGCCCCUCCCUUUUUGUUCCCUUCUUGUUAUUUAGGUUCUGUUAAGUACCUUCCUCCCUCUCCUUCCCUCCCCUUUUUUAUUUUUUGAGCUCCCUACCCCCUUUAGUUUCCCCUUCUUCCUUACCCUUUAGGAGAAGAUAGACUUCAAGAUCCCAAUGGGUCUAGAUACUCUUCCCAUAGAAUUGAUUUCACUGAGAGUAAUAUUUGGGUGUCACUUAUUAGCGCUCUCUUCCUCUCCCUCUUAUAAGAGUAUUCUUCCCCUCCCCAUCCCAUGUGUAUCUUUGUGUGACAGAUUAUUUUAUUUCAAGUAUCUCUUAUCAUUAUUGAUUCACCCUCACCCUUUUUUUCUUAUCAUUUUAUAACCUUUAAUUCCCUAAUCUUUUUCAAUGGAUGCUUCUUCUAUUUACUAUCAUAAUUAAAACGUUUUUGAGUUACAAACAUUUCCCCCAAAUAUUAAUAUAUACAAUUUGGUCUAAUUGUACCCCUUUAGGAAGAGAGUUUGAAUAACAAAAAAGAAGCAUAAAACAUUUUUCUCCUCUUCCCUCUCUUUCAUAAUUACCUUUUCAUUUUUCUCUAGAUUUUUGUGUUUGGAUAUCAAACUUUCCACUUAGUUCUGGUCUUUUCCUUACAAAUACUUGGAAAUCUUCUAUUUUGUGGAAUGCCCAUACUUUCCCCUGAAAGUAUAUAGUCAGGAAUAGGAGAUUCUUGGUUGAAGACCCAGUUUUCUUGCCUUGGUGAAUAUCGUGUUCCAGGCCUUGUGGUCUUUUAGUGUUGAAGUUGCCAGGUCCUAUGUGAUUCUGAUUGGUGCUCCUUUGUAUCUGAAUUGUUUCUUUUUGACUUCUUGUAGGAUUCUCUCCUUUGCCUGAAAACUCUGGAAUUUGGCAGUUACAUUUCUGGGAGUUGUUUUUUGGGGGUUUAGUGUAGCAGGUGUUCUAUGAACUCUUUCAAUGUCAGUUUUGCCCCCUUUUUCCAUAACUUCAGGGCAGUUUUCUUGGAUGAUCUCUUGUUGUAUGGUGUCCAGGUUUCUGUUUAUUUCUGGCUUUUCAGGUAGACCAAUGAUUCUCAAAUUUUCUCUCCUUCCUCUAUUUUCCUGAUCUGUCACCUUCUCAGUGAGUUAUUUUAUGCUUUCUACUAUUUUUUAGUCUUUUUACUUUGCUGUAUUAAUUUUUGCUGCUUUGCAAUAUCAUUGGUUUCCAGUUGCUCAAUUCUGGUCCUUUAGGCCGGGUUUUUUGUUAUAAUCUUUUGAUUUUCUGUUUUAAUCUUCUGGCAUUCAGCUACGACUUAUUCAUUUCUUUUUUGAACCAUUUCCUACUUCUCUUUCUAGAAGGCUUCCAUCUUUUUGAUGAUAAGCUCCAUUUAAGAAUCUUCCAGGGCUUGUGGACAAUUUCCAUUUUUUUUCGGUUUUGCCUUUGUUUGAGUUCUGUCCAGUAUUUCCUCUGUAGCCCGUGAUUUUCCUCCGUAAAAUUUAUCGAGGGUCAUAGCUUUCUUUUUCGUUUUUUUUGGAGGGAUUUUGAGGCAUCUGUGCACAAUUAUCCAUUUUUCUGGAUGUUUUCAAUUCCCUCUUUAGUCAGAAAUCUGAGUCAGCUGGGCAGGUUCUCUGUGUGUGAAGUUAAGGAGUAAGGGCAGGUUCUCAAUUCUCUGCAGUGUUUUGUAGCUUUUCUUGGUGCCACCCUUCCAGGGGUGCUCAGGGUCUGUGCUCUCCUGCCUGCCCGGUUUUCCGGUCUAGCUGUUUUCGGGGAUGGGUCCCCUACGGUCCUAAUGAAUUCCCAAGGACCCAGAAGUGCCCCCUUCUCAUUCCAGAGGUACUCCUUGCUGACUCCCUGGCUUCAGUGGGCGCACUGGCUCUGGGCACCUAAGGUCUGUUCUCUCUCGUGUGCUGGGGAUUUCUGCCUAGCUGCCUUCAGGAAUGGGUCCCCUGCUGUCCUAGUCAGCUUCCAAGGACGCAGAUGUGUCCCCUACUCACUCCAGAGGCUCCCCUUACUCGUUCAUAUUGGCGUGCGCUGGCACUGGCCCUGGCUCUGUAGGUAGGGGUGGGGGAGGGUGGAUCGGCUCACAUUUGGAUUGAAGCCCUUUCACCCUCUUAUAGACUGGAAAAGCCCCAAUCCCAUGUACCUUCAAUGCUGCACCCCACUUUACAUCUCUUGCGCUCCUCUGAAAAUGAUUCUUAAGGUCUUUUGGGGUAGUUCUUGUCGUUGUGUGCUGGCAAGAGUACUUAUACUGCAUUUAGACUUUCGCCUUGCUUAUCUGGAAGUCCUGCAGGAUACAAAAUGAACCCACAUAAGUCAUCAGCAUUUCUAUAUAUCUCCAACUCAUUUCAGCUUUAGGAAUUAAAAAGAAAUUCCAUUCAAAAUCACCUUAGACAAUAUAAAAUACUUAGGCAUCUAUCUGCUGAGACAAACACUGGAACUAUAUGAACAUAACUACAAAACACUUUCUACACAACUAAAAGUAGAUUUGAGCAAUUGGAAAAACAUUAACUGCUCAUGGGUAGGAUGAGCUAAUAUAAUAAAAAUUACCAUCCUACCCAAACUUAUGUAUCUAUUUAGUGCCAUACCCAUUGAACUUCCAAAAACCUUUUUUACUGAACUAGAAAAAAACAUAACAAAGUUGAUUUGGAAGAACAAAAGGUCAAGGAUAUCCAGGGAAAUAAUGAAAAAAAAAUUAAAAAGGAAGUUGGCCUUGCAGUCCCAGAUUUCAAACUAUAUCAUAAAGCAGUGGUCAUCAAGACAAUUUGGUACUGGCUAAGAGACCGAAAGGAGGAUCAGUGGAAUAGACUAAGGGUAAAUGACCUCAGCAAGACAGUCUAUGAUAAGCCCCCAAAUCCCAGCUUUUGGUACAAAAAUCCACUAUUUGAUAUUUGGACCAACACCUCACACCCUAGUCCAAGAUAUACUCAGAAUGGGUAAAUGACUUGAACAUAAAGAAGGAAACAAGUAAAUUAUGUGAACAUAAAAGUAGUAUACAUAUCAGACCUUUGGGAAGGGAAAGAUUUUAAAACCAAGCAAGACUUAGAAAGAGCCACAAAAUGUAAAAUAAAUAAUUUUGACUUAAUCAAAUUAAAAAGUUUUGUACAAACAAAAAAUCAGAAGGGAAGCAACAAAUUGGGAAACAAUCUUCACAAAAACCUCUGACAAAGGUUUAAUUACUUAAAUUUACAAAGAGCUAAUUCAAUUGUACAAAAAAUCAAGCCAUUCUCCAAUUGAUAAACGGACAAGGGACAUGAGCAGGCAUUGUUCAGUUAAAGAAUUAAAAACUACUAAUAAACACAUGAAAAAGUGUUCUAAAUUUCUGAUAAUCAGAGAGAUGCAAAUCAAAACAACUCUGAGGUAUCACCUCACACCUAGCAGAUUGGCUAACUUGACAGCUAUUGAAAGUAAUGAAUGUUGGAGGGGAUGUGGCAAAUUCAGGACAUUUAUUGAUUUUUGGUGGAGUUGUGAAUUGAUCCAACCAUUCUGGAGGGCAAUUUGGAACUAUGCCCAAAGGGCACUAAAGGACUGCCUACCUUUUGACCUAGCCAUAGCAUUGCUGGAUUUGUACCCAAGAGAUAAUAAUGAAAAAGACAUGUACAAGAAUAUUCAUAGCUGCGCUCUUUGUGGUGGCAAAAAACUGGGAAACGAAGGGAUGCCCUUCAAUUGGGGAAUGGCUGAACAAAUUAUGGUAUAUGUUGGUGAUGGAAUACUAUUGUGCUCAAAGGAAUAAUAAAGUGGAGGAAUUCCAUGGAGACUGGAACAACCUCCAGGAAGUGAUGCAGAGCGAGAGGAGCAGAACCAGGAAAACAUUAUACACAGAGACUGAUACAGUGUGGUACAAUUGAAUGUAAUGGACUUCUCCAUUAGUGUCAGUGCAAUGCCCCUGAACAACCUGCAGGGAUCUAUGAGAAAAAACACUAUCCACAAGCAGAGGACAAACUGUUGGAACAAAAACAUCGAAGAAAGGCAACUGCUUGACUACAGGGGCUGAGGGGAUAUGAUUGGGGAUGGAGACUCUAAAUAAACAUCCUAGCGCUAAUACCAACAACAUGGAAAUGGGUUCAGAACAAGGACACGUGGGAUACCCCUUUGAAUUGCAUGUCGGCUAUGGGAGGGGUGACGGGAGGGGAGGGAAGAAAAGAAAAUGAAUUUUGUAUUCAAUGACUGUUUGAAAUUGACCAAAUAAAAUAAUGUUUAAAUUUGAAAAAAAUAAAAAUAAACUCAUCUUGCAUACUUGCUAUCAAAA